AUGUCGGCAACUGACGAGAAGGUGCAGGCCUCUGGUGACUCGACCACGCCUAGCAUCGAUGCGACCAAGGACACAGACGUCCAGGAAACAGAACUCGCUGCUGUCGAGCGACAGGGUUUCGAUGCGUCAGCCACUAAGACGCUCAUCCGCAAGAUCGACUGGGCUCUCAUCCCAUUCCUUGCCCUGCUCUACCUCCUGAGUUUCUUGGACAGAACCAACAUCGGCAAUGCUCGUCUCGCCGGUCUCGAGAAGGCGCUCGGUAUGAACACCGACCCGUGGGCCUUGGACUACAACAUUGCUCUUAGUGUGUUCUUCCCGUGGUACGUUGCCGCCGAGAUUCCGUCCAACCUGGCAAUGAAGCGCUUUCGCCCCUCCAUCUGGAUUCCAAGCAUCAUGAUUGCUUGGGGCGUCAUCUGCACCCUGAUGGGUCUUGUUCACAACUACGCCGGGCUGUUGGCCUGCAGAAUGGCCCUUGGUCUUGCUGAAGGUGGCCUCUUCCCUGGUAUCACUUACUACAUCACGCUGUGGUAUAAGCGACAUGAGUGUGGUUUCCGUAUGGCUAUCUUCUUCUCCGCAGCCACCGCCGCUGGUGCCUUCGGUGGGUUGCUCGCCCGUGGUAUCAUGGAGAUGGGAGGUGUCGGCGGAAAAGAUGCUUGGGCUUGGAUCUUUAUCCUCGAGGGUAUUGCUACUCUGGCCAUCGCUAUUGCUGCAUUCUUCAUCAUGAACGACUACCCGGAUACUGCCAAAUUCCUGAACUCGGAUGAGAAGGCGGAGGUUCUUCGCCGGUUGACAGAGGACCGCUCGGCAUUGGCUGAUGAGUUCGACAUCAAAUACUUCUGGCACGCUAUCCAGGAUUGGAAGAUUUGGGUCCACAUGUUCAUCACCAUCGGCGUCUACACUCCCCUCUAUUCGUACUCGCUGUUCCUGCCGACUAUUGUCAAGAAUAUGGGGUUUACGAACGACAAGACCUCGCAACUGAUGACCGUUCCCCCUUACGUGGUGGCUUGCAUCUGCUGUAUCGCCGGUGGCUACUUCGCUGAUAAACAAGGCACCCGCGGUAUCUACAUGAUCUUCUUCAAUUGCGUUGCAAUCCUCGGUUUCAUCCUGCUCAUCGCCAGCGACCACAAUGGAGUCAAGUAUGCCGGUACUUUCUUGGCAGCUAUGGGUAUCUACCCCAAUGUCCCUCAAGGUGUUGCGUGGAACGGCAACAACAUCGGCGGAUCGACCAAACGUGGUGUUGGUAUUGCCAUGCACGUUGGGUUCGGUAAUUUGGGUGGUGCCAUCUCUGGAUUCCUGUACCGCACCAAGGAUGCGCCCAUGUUCUACCCUGGCCACGGCACCCUGAUUGCCACCGAGACCAUGUCCACCAUCUUGUGCAUCAUCAUGACACUCUACCUGCGUCGCGAGAACCGUCGCCGCGACCUUGAGUACAAGCCUCCCUCCGAGUACACCGAAGAGGAGAAGCUUCUCGAGCGUGAGAAGGGUGACAAUGCGACCUUCUUCCGCUACACGGUCUGA